AUGGUACCCAGACAAUCAAUGUCGACCAACGUGCCACCGAUGAGGAAAAGACAUGAAGUAACAAAUGCAAUCCCACGUCCUGGUACUCUAGUCCGAGACGUCAAACCAAAGUCUGCAAUGGUCAAAUCCUACCUCAUCUACGUCGAACUCCAUGCCAAUCUUUCCAAACCAACAAAGGUCAUUAUACGAAGAUCUUUCGAGUCGCAGGUCGAAGCUUUGGAGGCAUUUGAGAGGGAGUAUGGGAUCUGGUGUACAGGCGAUAAAAAAGGCGUCUAUAAGCGCCAACACACUAGCAAGCAGUUCGAACUAGCUCAUCUUGUUAAGCUAAUGGGAGAACACAAAGCGAGAGAUGCAGAUGUGUACGGAGAACCAGAGUCCGCGAAGUAUCCCGGUCGAGGCCGCAUUGCGUACGAGUUGAUACACCAGGAUGAUCUUGCACUCCAAAGUGAUGAUCCGAAGAAGAGGAAGUGUGUGGUCGUCUGUGAAGAGACAGUCUUUGAGCGCGCCUCAUAA